AUGUACCAGGGCUUCCCCGGUGACUACGACUCGGGUUCCCGCUGCAGCUCCUCGCCCUCGGCCGAGUCCCAGUACCUCUCCUCGGUCGACUCCUUCGGGAGCCCCGCGGCGGCGGCGGCCGCGCAGGAGUGCAGCGGCCUGGGGGACAUGCCCGGCUCCUUCGUGCCCACGGUGACGGCCAUCACCACCAGCCAGGACCUGCAGUGGCUGGUGCAGCCCACCCUCAUCUCCUCGGUGGCCCAGUCGCAGCCCCUGGGGGCACCCAUGGCACAUCCCCCCCCCACCGCCCCCGUCGAUCCCUAUGACCUCCCGGGACCCAGCUACUCCACGCCCGGCAUGGGUGCCUUCACCACGGGGCCGGCGCCGCCGCCGGCACGUCCCACCCGCGCCCGGCCCCGGCGCAGCCGCGAGGAGACGCUGACACCAGAGGAGGAGGAGAAGCGCCGUGUGCGGCGGGAGAGGAACAAGUUGGCAGCAGCUAAGUGCCGUAACAGGCGCCGGGAGCUGACAGAUCGGCUGCAGGCGGAGACGGACCAGCUGGAGGAGGAGAAAGCCGAGCUGGAGUCGGAGAUAGCUGAGCUGCAGAAGGAGAAGGAACGGCUGGAGUUUGUCCUGGUGGCCCACGCCCCCGCCUGCAAGCUCCCCUUUGAGGACGUCGGCUCCUUGGGUGCCGGCCCCGCCGAGGUGAGCACCCUGGGCAAGGAAGAGCCGGCGGGGACCGUCGCCUUCCUACCCCCGGGUCCGUUCCAGCCGAGUGCCCAGGGCCCCUUCCCCAGCUGCUGCUUCGCGCCCGGGGUCCCCUCGGGGCCGCCUAACCCAUCCUAUACGUCUUCGUUUGUGUUCACCCACCCAGAGGGAGCCACCUGCGGAGCCUCGCAUCAGCGGAGCAGCAGCAGCGACCAGUCCUCGGACUCCUUGAAUUCUCCCUCACUCCUCGCGUUGUGAAUGG